GCGGGGGGACGGCUUCCCGCGUGCUCCUCUGCCCCCUGCACACACAGAGCGCGCUGGCAGCAGGGAGAGCAGCAGAGGCGGCGGCGGCGACGACACUAGCAACAGCAGCCAGAGAGCCUGGCAGGCGAGUAGGCAGGCAGGCAGGCAGGCGGCGGGCGCGGAGGCGGCGGAAGCGGCAGCAGCCGCCAGCCAGCCUGCUUAGCGCGAGGUACCACUGAAAGCGGGGCGCGCGUUGGGAAGAACUGUGGCUGGUGCUGCAAUUCCUUGGGACGAGGUGCAAAUAGCAGCCUCCGAAGAGGAAAGCUUAUGUAGACAUUUCUAAACAGCGUUUGUCACCCACUAAAAUCAAACCAUGGUGAUCAUGUCAGAUUAUACAACUGUCCCCACCUCAAACCAAAGCCAGCAAAGGCCUCUUCGGGUUGGAUUCUAUGAUAUUGAGAGGACCUUGGGAAAAGGCAAUUUUGCCGUAGUAAAACUGGCUAGACACCGGGUAACCAAAACACAGGUUGCAAUAAAAAUUAUAGACAAAACACGGUUAGAUUCAAGCAAUUUGGAGAAAAUCUACAGAGAAGUUCAGAUAAUGAAGCUUUUGAAUCACCCCCACAUUAUCAAGCUGUAUCAGGUUAUGGAGACAAAAGAUAUGCUUUACAUUGUAACCGAAUUUGCAAAAAAUGGAGAAAUGUUUGAUCACUUGACUUCUCAUGGACACCUGAGUGAGAGUGAAGCUCGGAAGAAGUUCUGGCAGAUCCUUUCAGCUGUAGAAUAUUGUCACAAUCAUCACAUUGUACACAGAGACCUCAAAACAGAGAACUUACUGUUAGAUGCUAACAUGAACAUCAAGCUUGCAGACUUUGGGUUUGGAAACUUUUACAAAUCUGGCGAGGCGCUCUCCACAUGGUGUGGUAGCCCUCCUUAUGCAGCCCCAGAAGUGUUUGAGGGAAAAGAAUAUGAAGGUCCUCAUCUGGAUAUAUGGAGCCUUGGUGUCGUGCUGUAUGUUCUUGUCUGUGGCUCUUUGCCUUUUGAUGGACCCAAUUUACCAACUCUGAGGCAAAGAGUGCUUGAGGGACGAUUCCGUAUUCCCUACUUCAUGUCGCAAGAUUGUGAAACGCUGAUUCGACGGAUGCUGGUUGUGGAUCCAACAAAAAGAAUCACAAUUGCCCAAAUAAAGCAGCACAAGUGGAUGCAAGCAGACCUUUCUCUUCAACAGCAGCAGUCCUUAUCAUUCUCCAUGCAGAACUACAACUCCAACCUGGGUGACUACAACGAACAAGUUCUUGGGAUCAUGCAUACUCUGGGCAUUGACAGACAGAGAACAGUUGAGUCUCUACAAAAUAGCAGCUACAACCAUUUUGCUGCAAUUUAUUACCUUCUCCUGGAGCGCCUGAAGGAGUACCGAAGCAAUCAGUUGUCAAAUCGUCCGGUGAGCAGCCGUCAGCAAAGGCCAAGGAGUUCAGACUUCAGCAACAUUGAGUUGCCUCAGGACAGUCUUGCCAGUGAGACCUUGAGAUCAUCUCUGCUUUACCAGCAGCCUCAGAAUCUGAUUCAGUCACCCUUACAGGCAGAAAUGGAUUGUGACAUAAACAACCCAUUACAGCCUGUGUUCUUUCCCGUGGAUCCGAACUUCAACAGCCUUUUUAGGAAUCGCUCAAUCUCCCCAAACAGCCUUCUGGAAACCACCAUCAGUGAGGAAGUCAGGCAGGACAAGGAACUGGAGGAGGAAAUUAAAGCCUUCAACCCAAUUCGCUUCCCCAUCAACACUAGUCGAAGGCACACGCUGGCUGAAGUCACAACUCAUUUUUAUCAGUGCUCCCCACCAUGUAUAGUCAUUUCCUCAUCCACAAGCCCCACAGAAGGAACCAGUUCUGACAGCUGCCUCACUUCAUCUGCCAAUGAUGGCUCCGUGGCUCUGAGCAAUUGCUUGGAAGAUCAGAUGUUGCUUGGUCACCCAGCCGCAGCCAGAGUUACCUCAACGUUUCUGACUUCCCAUUCAGAUGCGCCAGCAUUGCAAGCUCAGGGCUGCAUGGGCGGUGCUUCUCUGUUGCCUGUCAGCUUUCAGGAAGGAAGAAGAGCAUCUGAUACCUCAUUAACUCAAGGUUUAAAGGCGUUUAGACAGCAGUUACGGAAGAAUGCUAGAGCCAAAGGUUUUCUAGGACUGAAUAAAAUCAAAGGACUUGCUCGCCAGGUGUGCCAGUCCUCAUCUGCUCGGAUAGUACGGAAUGGCAUGAGUCCUUUCCAGCAUACUCAGCAAAAUGCCUGCCUGUAUAGCUGUGGAGGGAAUGGUGGCAGCAGUUCUAGUGGCAGCAACCGAGAGAGCAGGAACUUGCUUGAAGAGGUGCUCCAGCAGCAGAGAAUGCUCCAGUUACAACAUCACCAGCCAGCCUGUCACCAGGUGUCUCAGGUGUCUCAGUCACACAACGUUCUCUUGUCUGACACUACAAGCAGCAAACCAUCCAGUUCCCUCCCUCUGUCUGAACUCCACAGUGAGAACUCCUUAGAGUUGGCCUUUAGCAACACCCAGCUUCUCCAGCCCCAUCUUUUUGGGGUCAGUGUAUCUCCAGUAAAUUCAGCUGCUCACCUUCUAGACACGCACCUGCACAUCAGUAGCCAUGUGUCCCCGAUUACCUCCAUGUUUUCUCAGCAGAAUAGCUUUCUUGUGCAAUCUCCAAGCUACGAUAUGGUCACCUUGCAGCAUGGAGACUGUGAAAUGGAAGACCUUACUUCUACCCAAAUGGGGAAAUUUGUCCUCGUUAAAUGAGAAUUUCUUCUGCUCUCCUGAUUCACUCAUCUUUUUUGGAGUGAGAAUUCCACUCUCAUCAAGAUCUGCGGAUGGUGAUUUAUUUUACCUUAUUUUGCAACACUGAAUAACUUUCAGAAGCAAUAACAUUUUUGAUGUAUGUGAAGAGGCCAUUUGGCUAAGCAAAGCUCCUAACUUUCUAGAACUGAAAGGCAGGGGAAGCAAUAUAUAUGUCUUUUGGCUUCAACUAUUCUUGCACUGAACAAAUAUAACCAGAAACUGAAAGGUUUAAAACAAAAAAACAUUUUGAAGAAAAUAAUCACAGGGAAUGGGAGGGGAGGGGCCAGGGAGAACAUUUUUCCGGUACUGUAUUAAAGUCAGGCCAAUACAGCUCUGCUGUUAUGCAGGACUUUGACAGCUGUCAGUGGUUCUGGCGUAGCAGGGAAAGGCUUUUCAAAGAAGGGACCAGAGCCACCCUAUUCACAAUUCACAAUAUUUGUUUUAUGGAUUUGUGAAGACGAUGAUGAUUACCUCUUUCUUUAAAAAAAACCACACAAAAAAAAAACACUAACACAGAAGUGGCAUGUGACAUUUUGCAUCAAUAGAAGAAUAAUGACUGAAAGCAUCAGCAUUCAUUUUUGAUGCUCAUUUUAAAGGAACCAAUACCUCUCUUUACUUCCCUCCUCCCUCAAGCGGACAUUUGUAUCUUAAGAGAAAACUGUGAACCUUGCUUCAUCUCUCAGAUGUAACAGCUAAAAAUAGUUUGUAAUCAUUAGAAGCAAUUAAUUCACCCUCUUGGGAUUUUGUUCCCUGUUAUCAGGCCUCAAAUGGCCUUUUGUGUCUCUUUGGUAAAUAAAUUAUAGGAAUAUUUCAUGUAUUAGCAUGGAGUUGUUCAUAUAUUGCUGCAGAGGCAAUGGGAGUAGAAUUGCUAGAGGUGUUGCUGCAGGAAGGGUUGGGUUUUUUUUAAAGAUAAUAUUUUAAUUCCUUUUGUUACCUCCUCCCUCCCGCCCAGAUCCUCUCCAAAAGCCCUAGCAUUGCUUUGAGAUUGCCUGUGGGGUAUUUCUCAGUGCUGUACACACUUGUGGCCGCUGCUAGUGAGGUUUUUAUGCAUUUCAUUAUCAGGGUCCAAACUGACCGACUCAUUGGGAAAUGUGCAAUAUUCAGAGAUUAUGACAACUGUACUGAUAGUUGAAAGAAAUAGGAUAGCACAAAGCGAUUCUCUUCAAAAAUAGUCAUUUUGUGAACAAAGUGAGACAAACAGCACAACUUCUGUGUUUUGUUGUUUUUGCCUACUGGUAGAUGAGAGGGUUUUUCAUUUAGUCAUUUUUAUGUGUGGUUUUUAAGCUGCGUGUGUGUGUGUGUGUGUGAGAGAGAGAGAGAGAGUGCGUGUGUGUGCAUGUAUAGGAAUUAGAAGAGAAUAGACACUAAUACAAAGUUUUGAGGUAAGCUUUUGAGUUUCCUGGCAAUUGUUCCCUCUUACCAGAGAAUGGCUUCUGGUGGUGUCCUUGGAUGCCAGGCGUGGGUAACACAGGAAGAACGGAUACUCCAGUGUGACCUCCUUUGACUUCAUAGUAGUUAGUUGGUGGAGGAAAAGAGGGAUUAAAGUUUCAGUAGCAGGUGAGCAAGUAGUGAGCCAGCUUGGCCAAAAUUUACCAUUCAAGAUGUCUGAAAACAGCUUCAUUCUGUCUAACACUUUAAGGACCCAUCUCUUUAAAUUUAACACAGGGGUGCCUUUAAGUUACUACUGCUCCUUGCAAACUGCAGUGUUAUAUAUAUGUAAAAAGGAAAAAAAAGCUAUUUUUUUAAACAAAUAAGCCAAAGACUGUCUGUCUGGUGGGUGGGAGGGGUGGGUAGGAGAUAAUGUUAUAUGGUUGUCUGUGACUCUUCAACCUCUUUAUCUAUGUACAGUAUCUGUAUUGGUGUGUCUUCAGUUUGCUACUGCUGCUAUGUGGUCUGGGAUCUUCAAGGUGAAGGGAAAUAACUCUGUCCAACCCUCUCUCUCUGAUGUCUUUGAGCAGAGAAAAUGCUAUUCUCAUGCUGACUUGCAAAGUCACAGGGUGUGUGGUUUAUGGGAGUGACUAAAAUGAGUGAAGCAUGAUCUUUGCAAAGCAGCAACAUUGCCUUCACAUUCAUAAAACAGUAGCACAUGUACUCUUCAAACGACUGCAUUUUUCCUCUUCUGUCUGUUUUUUUUAAUGCCAUAGAUCAAGAGGCCACAAAAAACAAUCUUUUUGUUUGUUUCUUGUUCUAAGCAAUGACAAGCACUUUACUUCUAGUACCCUUUCCCCCAGUUUCUAUAGAAAAUGCUUUGAAACUAUUCUGAAGUAGAAAAAGGUCAUUUUCAACAUUUCAGGGUUCGUCUAUCUUUCCCUCCCUUGUUGUGUUCUUGACAGUGCUGUUUGGCAGACUGCAAUGCAAUAGAUUAUUUAAAGACACUAUGAUUGGUUUAAUUAAGAUGUAUAGUUUUUAUUUUUUAUCAUGACUGAAGCUCAUUUUAUUUCUUAUGUUAACAUGAGAGAUGUACACCAAAAUGAUUAGUUGUGUUUUAUUUAAUAUUUAAAUAAAAAGUUGUUUUAAAAUAA